AUGGCUCCAGUAAAUGUUAGGCUAAACCCUACAGGAUUUGUGUUGAGUAUUGUGCUAUUGGUGUGCAUUGCUUUGUAUGCAUUUGGUUUACCAUCAUGGUUAGGUAGAAAGGAAGAAAGGAUUAGUAUGAAAGAAUUGCUAUCAGUUAGUAUCGAAUUGGCAAGACGAGGUGGAGUCAAAGUGAAAGCUGUAGCUGAGUCUCACAAGUUAAAAGCAGAAGUUAAAUCAAGGACAGAGGAGGGCGCCAAAGAGAUGAGGACAGAUGGUGAUAUGGAAUCACAUAGAGAGCUGAUUCAUGGUUUUGCAAAAGCUUAUCCAGCAAUGAAGGUGAUAUCUGAAGAGCAUGACCGAACACCAGUUGAUUUGAGUACAGUAGCUAGUGUAAAUAAACAUUUAAAUGAAGUGAGGGAGGUUGUAGAAAGUGAUCAGUCAAUACCUAUUAGUCAAAUAACAAUCUGGGUUGAUCCUUUAGAUGCUACUAAGGAAUAUACAGAAAACUUAAAGGAGUAUGUGACUACUAUGGUGUGUGUUGCAGUAAAGGGACAACCUGUAAUAGGUGUUAUACAUAAGCCUUUUGAGGACAGUACAGCUUGGGCCUGGGUAGGCUAUGGUCAUUCCAAAAAUUUACAGAAAGCAGAUCGUGAUACAAGAAAUCAAAAUAAAAAGAUAAUAGUGUCUAUGUCACAUACCGGUACUGUUGCUGAAGUAGCUAAACAAGCAUUUGGACUAGAUACAACAAUAACUCGUGCUGGAGGCGCAGGAUACAAGACUUUAGAAGUUAUAAAAGGAAAUGCUCAUGCUUAUGUUCACUCGACACACAUCAAGAAAUGGGACAUUUGUGCUGGUAAUGCCAUUCUGAGUGCAGUGGAUGGGAAAAUGACCACAUUAAAUGGAGACUAUAUUGACUAUUCCUUCAAUAGUGAGCGCAAAGUGAAAACUGGUUUACUGGCUACCAUAUAUGACCACAAUGACUAUUUAGAAAAAUUACAACCUAUUACUAAAAAAGAGGUUAAAGUAGAACUGAGCAAUAUUGGUUCAAGGUGA